GUCGCGUCUCACUUGCGCCUCAAAAGCUGCAAGUUCCUGUCCCUUUUAUUUUUUCUAACAGAAAAAAAAGAGGUGGCAGGGAAUUUGAUGCGGACAGCGCCCGAGAAGCAGCUUUGUCAACCUACAAGAGCUCUAGCAAUAGUCAGCCAACGAUCCUGAACCACGCAGGCUAUGUACGGUACAGUGAAGUUAUAGCAGGCAAUAGAAUACCAUUCAACCUUAACCAUGCUGCAACAAACCCAAAUGCACCCAAUUUGAAUAUUGGUCAAAAUUAGGCCGCCUGAGCUAUUUCUGGCUUUAAAUUGUAGUUAUCCUCUUGAUAUAUAAAAUACGCUCGCGGCUGCCCUUCUGCGUUCAUGUAUCUGGCAGCCAUAGAAGCUCUAGAGGCCCCUAUUUGGGGCAAAUUGGUAUAGCUUCAGAUAUCAUUCACAAGGCCAGGUAGUUGGUAAAGUAAACCGGUGUAUCGGUGUAAUAUUCAUAAUAUUAUUAGAUUGAUAAAGAAGACAAAUGCCACAGCACAAGGCAUCUAACUGGUGCUUGUAGGGACAGACAUUUCUGCCCUUUUGGUAGGCGUUAAGGAUAUACUGGGCAGCCAGUCGCGCGACAACCCCACCACUCUCACUUCACUUCACACCAGCCAUAUCGCGUCCAGGAACACGGCAACAUCAGCAGCUCAACUUCACCUGUAUCAACAAACACACUAUAAUCAUCAUGACAGAGCACUCCAAGAAGCGCCGUGCAAGCACCGAGGAUGAUAGCGACGGCGGUGUGCCUCACAAAACAUCCAAGAAGACCAAGAACGUAGCAGCUGCCGCUGCGCCAGCGGGCAAAGAUGAUGAAGGAAACCCAUUCUGGGAUUUAUCCAACAAGCGCCGCGUUGGAGUCUCACAGUUCAAAAACAUGUGCCUAAUCAACAUUCGAGAAUACUACGAAAAGGACGGCAAGCUGCUUCCUGGUAAAAAGGGCAUCUCACUAUCUCUUGAGCAAUACACAACACUGGUCAGGGCCAUUCCCGGAAUCAAUGCCCACCUACGCUCCCUCGGUCAACUCGCCAAUACCAGCGACGACGUGGACGACGACGAUGCGGCGGCCUCAAAACCUUCCAGAAAAGCCAAAACCAAAGCUGAAAAGGCAAACAUUGACGCAACAAGCGACGAAGAAGAGGAUGACGAUUAAGUGUCAGCCGCAAAUCGCGACUGUCACUUCUGUACAGUAUUUUCACAAACAAUCUAGCACAUGGCCUUGCCGACAAAAUGGUUGUAACCCAAUAGCAAUUCUAAUAUAUAUAUCUCAAUAUAUGGAUACAAAUCUUUCC